CCACACUACCCCCACACACCACCACAUACCACACCACCACUACCACCACCACACACCACACCACCACUACCACCACACACCACCACACGCGAUGUGCGCGCCUCCGCGCUCGCUGAGCGAGGUGCUCGCCACGCUCGAGGUCGCCCGGCUGGACGAGGCGGAGCUCCUCCCGGUCCCCCAGAGCCUCAGCUUCGCCCCGCGGGACGAUGGAGGACGGCGGCGGCGGCUACGAGGUGGUGGUGGAGGAGAUGGACGAGGAGGUGAGGGCGACGAGGAGGGCGAGGAGGAGGAAGACGCAAUCGUCAUCCUGGAGACGGACGAGACCCUCAGCGGUGAACUACGUGCGGGCCAUAGCCUGGUGAUCCGGGGCGACGGGGAGGACCACGCGGUGUUGUGCACCGGCGACGCCACCUACGAGCUGCGUGCCGCCGACACCUCCAACCUGCUGCUGCUGCUGCCUGACGCUCGCACGGCCGACUCGCUCCGGGCGGAGGGGCAUGCGGAGGCCCCCCGGCUGCUCACCGCUCACGUGUUCGGGUUUGCCAACAGCUACCUGGAGGUGAGGCGCUGCCGGCCUCGACUCAAGAAGCUGCGGAGCCUCCUGGGGGAGUGCCCCUUCAGCGGGCCCGAGAAUGAAGCGCAGUAUGAGGGGCAGCAGAAGUACACGACGGCCGAUCUGCUGGACAGGGUGCAGGCGAGCGAGGUGGAGCUGCAGGCCGGCCUCAAGGCCCUCAACGCCUGCCAGAUCGACGGGCGCUGGCGGAUGCUCGACUUGGACUACGAGAUGCGGCUGCUGAGCCUCCUCACGCAGCUGGUGGACUCGGAGUCGUGGAGCUUCCGCCACGUGCCACUCCGCGUCUGCCUGGACGAGCUAGAGGUGCUGGAGCCCAGGGACAUGAUUGAGCACUGCCUCAACUGCUACGGUGAAAGGACAGACGAAGAGGAAGGCGGUGCGGCCGAAGUGGUGUACUCGCUACACGAGGACCGGGUGUGCCGCGCCCUCGCCGUGAUGCUGCUCAAGGGCUGCGUCAAGUUCAACCUGGCUGAGUUCUGCGACGUGUGGAGGCAGAGCGUGCCCGAGGGCAUGGACGCUCAGCUGGGACAGCUGCAGGGCGUGGCGCUGGUGGAGCGUGCCGCUCGACCGGAGGUGAUUUCCUUGCUGCGGGUGGAGGACCUCCCCGACGAUCCCCAGGAGCGCUUCUCCAAGCUCUUCAGCCUCCGCGACAAGUGGACGGAGGAGGAUAUCGCCCCCUACGUCCGGGAUCUGUGUGCGGAGAAGCAGAGCGUUUCAGCGCUGCUCACCAAGCACGCUCGCUCCUCCAUGCACAACGGGGUCAAGGUGUUCAACUCUCGCCGCUCCGUGUCGUGAGGACCGCCGCAGCCGGGACUACGGGGGGGGGGGGGGCCCGGCCUAUGGGGGGGCCCCCAGUACGCCCAGGAGAAACGGGACAGAAAAACGGGAGGCAGGGUAGGCGGGAGAUUGCCGCUGUACCCCAACGAGCUUUUUUUUUGUGCCGGUGCGUUUGGUUGGAAGGGCGCCGCUGAAAGUCAAAGGGGGUCAGUGACGCAGGCAAAUGAAUUUCGCAGGAGAAACCGGACAACUGUGCGUCAGUACGGCUCUUCUAGGAUACCCAACAAGGCAGUGAUCUUCGCUAAUUUUCAGAGGGGGGGGGGGACACAUUGGCCGAUAAGACAUCAAUUGGUGUGAGUGAGGGCCACCACAUAUUUUAAACCAUUGGGGGUUUGACAGCAGCACGAUGAUGAUGGGGGGGUAGGAGGUUGUUUUCACAUUUUGUUGUGUAUUGUCGGGGGAGAGCCGCACGUCAGGGAGCCGCACUGAAGGCCACCCAGGGGCCGCCAGUGGGUCCACGGUGGCCUUGCAAUGAAGAACACUGGAAUAAGGCCUACGACCAAAUCACCCGAGAUGCGGCCCGAUCUCGGCAACCAAGUUGGGAUUUGGGCCUGGAUAGCACUCGGAUGGGUGGCCACCUUAUGCAAACAUAUCUUCUCGAACACAUCAUCUUCUUCGUAUGGCUGAUGUUGAUGGGGAGACUGUUUCUAAAAAGAUGUUGGGCUUCCUGUCCAACUCCCCCUUGUUGAAUUUAGUUUCAACCGAGUUAGACCAACAUGGUUCUGAGAAAUAAAUGUACGAAUAAGGAACAUCAAUAUUUUAAUAAAUUGUCCAUUUUGCAGGUUUAUCCUAACUAGCUACUAACUGCAAGCGAAUAAAAAAAUCAACGGACGAC